CGUGAACAUCAAACUAAUAGAACCUUAUAAACGUGAUUUUAAUUUUAUUUUUCAAAAUAUAAUUUUUACCUAUAAGUUAUAUCGAAAGUAAAUAAUCAUGGCCAAUGACAACUUAUUGCAAUGUUAUAACAGAGGAUGCGGUCAAAAAUAUGAUCCUAAUUCCAACAAGGAUGAUUCUUGUAGACAUCACCCCGGCGAUCCAUUCUUCCACGAUGCUUACAAAGGAUGGUCAUGCUGCAACAAAAAAUGUACAGACUUUACAGAGUUCCUUAACAUUAAAGGUUGUCAAUUAUCCAAGCACUCCAACAUUAAACCACCAGAACCAGAGAAACCUGUGAACAAAGACAUACCUGAUACUGAAGUAAUUGAAGUCAAACCAAUUGUUCCAUCUGCUUUGGAAAGGCCUCCAUUAGAUUCUCCAUUGAUUGUACUGAAGCCUGAGAUUGCUCCUUCCCUUAAGCAACAACUGGACAGUUCAGGAUCAGAUGUAAAAGUUACUGCAAAUGAUUCAAAUGAGAUCACAAUAGGCACAGUAUGCAAAAAUGGUGGAUGUGGUAAAGAAUAUAGUGGACCUGAGACUAAUGAAACAACAUGUGUACACCACCCUGGCGUCCCUAUUUUCCAUGAGGGUAUGAAAUUUUGGUCAUGUUGUCAGAAAAAGACAACAGAUUUCAAUGCUUUCUUGAGCCAAGUUGGUUGUGAACAUGGUACUCAUGUUUGGAAGAAAGAUGAUAAUGGUAGUCAGAAUAUACAAUGUAGAUGGGAUCAUCACCAGACAGGUUCACACGUAGUGGUUUCAAUUUACGCUAAACAAUAUUGCCCAAUUAAAAGUACAAUUAAACUUAAUCCUAUAAGAUUAUGUGUUAAUUUAAUUUUUCCUCAGCAAUCAAAUGGUAUCUUCAAUUUGGAUGUUGAACUGCAAGGUAUUGUGAAUGUGGAAGCUAGUCAAGUGUCAAUGUAUGGAACAAAGGUUGAAAUUAAAUUGAAGAAAGCUGAACCUGGUGCUUGGUCUAAAUUAUAUGUACAAAAAAUGGUCCAAGAUCCUGUAGAAAAUAAACCCAAGGGGCCAGUGGGAGAUAGAUUGGCUAUGCAAGUGGAAGCUGUUGAUCUAGAUGAUCUUUAAGAUAAUGGAUUUAAUUUAAAUUCAAAAUUGUUGUGUUUUAAUAAAAAUGAAUAUUUUGCAGUCUCUAUAUCUAUAUUAGGUAACUCCAAAAUUUCAUUUUCAGUUUAUUUAUGUUCUUGUAUGAUUUAUAAUUUUGUAUGAUUGAUAAAUUAUAAUAAAAUACUUUACUAUAAGCA